AUGUCUCCGACUGCCAAACCUCCUCGCAAGCCUGCCACACGCUCUGUGGCAAAGUCCAAAGAUUCUCUUUCUCAGCCUGCUGAGCCUACUACCAUGCUUUAUCGCGAUGAAGUCGAUCCUUCGAAAGACGCGGAGGACUUUGGUCGUUUGAAGUAUGCUACUGAGUAUGAAAUUAGCGCUAUCCAUGACGGCGACGCCAUCGUCGAUGAGCUGUGCACUAUUAGUCUCCGGACUGCGCGACUGAAGUCUUAUUUGACGGCUUCGCCCUACUGGAGCACCGAGGCAAACGCUUGGAAAGGCGUGUCGGGAAAGAGAGAGCUGCCUAUCGUUAUACGAGCUUAUCAGACCAUCAUCGACCACAUCUUGACUCACUUUGGAUUGGCGAAACCUUUCAGUGGCGGCCGUAAAGCUUGGGUGACUUGUAAUGAGGCGAUGGGGAACUUUAAGCAGGGUGACUUUCCCGUGCCUAACAUCUGUGUGACUGGGAAGGGCGACUAUCUCUCUGUUGACAAGCAAGAUCCGUCCAACCCCAGCUAUGAGCGGAGUCUUUUCUUCUGUCUCGUACAGCCCCACGUCGAGUUCGUGCCUCGUUCCUGGCAGCCACAGGUUUUCGAGCCUUUGGCUAGAUAUAUCUUCUAUGCGCAGCCUCAUCGUCGUUUCUUCCGCGUGCUUCUUCUCUCUCAGGGUGGCCACAUGCGCUUGUUCCAUUUCGACCGAAGUGGAUGUAUCAACUCAGCCGCCAUCGACAUCAACGAGAAUCCGGUCACCUUUGUGCGCACCAUCUUGAGCUUGUCCUCCCACGACGCUGCUGCUGCGGGAUUCGACCCUGAUAUUUUUUGGAAGUGGGAACACGUUGGGCCGGCACGCGUUCGACAAGGCUACAUUCGCAUGAAGACCGAGGACAGUGCGAAUACCCUCCUCAAGAUUGUUGGGAACGGCGCGUUCAAAAUGACGGCUGGUGUCGAAGGCGCGUCGAACUCGCUGUGGCAUGUCGUUGAUGAGUCGGGGCGAGACCUUGUUGUGAAAGAUGGGUGGAAGUACACUGGGAACCAUCCUGAUCCUCGGCACCUUGUUCGACCUUGGGAGCAUGAGCUUCUCCUUGCUGGAAAGGACCUGCCUGGAGUCUGUCAGAUCGUCGACUACUCGAUUGGAGUCUCAACUGCCGCCUUCCGGGGAGCUACGGCCCAUGUCCAUGGAUCCUAUGACGAGUUUACGCAUUACCGGUUCUCCAUGGAGAAAUACGGCAAGUGUGCGCUUGAGUGUGAGUCGGGGAAACAGCUUGUUUGCGGCGUCAAAUCUGCCAUUGGUGGCCACCAGGGGAUGUACAAGUUGAGGCGAAUCAUCCAUCGCGACAUCAGUCCCGGCAACAUCGUCUUCGGUACAGCGGAUCCUGAACCGGGCUGGGAAGGCGUGAUUAUUGACCCCGAGUUGGGCACCUACACGAACGGGCACCCUGAAGCCAACGAGGACCAUGCCAUCGCGACGUACAGGAUUGGAACGCAAUCUUACAUGUCGAUGCUUGUCUGUGGGACUUACAAUGGGAUGAUCCCGCAAUUCAAACACGACCACACUGAUGAUCUGGAAUCAUUCUUUUGGAGUUUCCUCUACAUUCUUUCCGCUUACGAAAAGCCUGGAGUGGAAAAGCCCUCUAUCCCCAAGAUCCUCGAACCCGUCUACUUCUCGGAAAACAUGGGUGAAGCGUAUAUAGCCAAGACGCGGUUCCUGGGCAAGAGAUUGGAUCAAGAGACGCUGGAUGCGAUUAUCAGUCCGUCCUGGGGACACCUGAGGGAGAAAGGCGGUCUGGUCGAUAAGUUCCAUGAUUAUAUCUCUGACCUGGCCUUUGAGAAGGAGCAUUAUGUGCGAGGCGGGGUUCGGGACGCCAAGAAGCUUGAAGCGUUUGUGGCCAAGUCGGAUGAGCACUAUGCGAGAAUUUUGGAGAUUUUCCAGGAGGCGAUUGAGGGAUUUGAGAAAGCUAGGGAGGAGGAGGAGGAGGAUGCUCCUCGUGGAGGCCCGCUUACACCCAGUAGAGCUGCGAAUGUUCAACGACCUCGCGAGGCUCGCGAUGGCAAGAAGCGGAAGGUUGACAACGAGGAUACAGAGGACCGGUACAACAAGCGAGUUCGGGAUGACGAGAAUUAUGUGUAUGAGUACGAGGUUUAUGAGGGGGAUAGUUUUGAGGUUUAG